AGCCAUGUCUCUCAAGGUCGUCGUCCUCGCCUGCGUGGCUGUCGUCGCUCUGUGCGACAAGGCCCCCGUCCAUGCCCCCCUUCCCCUCGUCUACACCCCAAGACCUUACCACGCCCCGAACCGCCUACCACGCCCGAACCCGCCUACCACGCCCCCGAGCCUGCCUACCACGCCCCUGAACCCGCUUAUCACGCCCGUGCACACUACGAACCAGAAUACCCCGAUGUCCCCCCGAAGUACAACUACAACUACGGCGUCGCCGACGGCUACUCCGGCGUCAACCUCGGCCACUCGGAGUCCCGCGACGGCUACAAGACCGAGGGCAGCUACACCGUCGACCUCCCCGACGGCCGCAAGCAGACCGUCAAGUACGUGGACAACGGCGACGGUUAUGUGGCUGAGGUCAUCUACGAGGGCGAGGCUCAGUACCCCGAGUACAAGCCCACCUACAAGCCCGCUCCUUACCACGCUCCCCCCAAGUACCCCGUGUACUAAAGGUGUACAUUCUCGCAUAAGACAACUUCCUCUGAAUCUUGACCGGACCCUGAAACGUGCCAAAGCAUAUCGAAAUGGUUGUGGUUGGCAUUGUACGGUUGGGAUAAGAAUAUGUGAUACUAUUUAAUUCAUUUCAGAUUUUUAAUAAAACAGAUACAGA